AUAAAAAUUAAUUAAUUAAAUCCACCCAUGAAACUAGGAUCAAUGGAAGUAAAUUAUUAUCUCGAAAAUCCCGUAAUGGAUAUUGAAACGGAACCAGCAAAUUAUGCAUACAGUACACCACAGUCAUAUUAUCGAAGCUAUGAUGAAUACAUUCCAAUAGGUGGAUCGCCAAUCCACUCAUCACCAUCAUCACAAAAUCAUCAUACACAAUCACCACAACAGCAGUCCCAUCAGACACCGACAUCAGUUAACAAUACAAUCAUCCAAUCACCUCAUUCACCUUCAUUAUUAACAUCAAGUUCACCAUCCAUAAAUCAAUAUGGUUAUUCAAUAGCAUCACAUCAAGAUGUUGUGUUAAGUAGUAGUGAAAAUCAGCAAUGGAAUUGUGGCAAUGUGGGAGGAUUGAAUGGAUCAUCAAAUAUAAGUCCAUAUCAAACGGAAUUUUGUGCUUCAAAUUAUAGCAUUAUGCAACGUCAACAAUAUGGUGCCAAAAUUGGACCCGGUGCCAGCAUGAAGAGUAUAAAAGAAGCUCGCAUUCGUCGACCCAUGAAUGCAUUCAUGGUGUGGGCUAAAGUGGAACGUAAAAAAUUGGCUGAUGAAAAUCCCGAUCUUCAUAAUGCUGAUCUCAGUAAAAUGUUAGGCAAAAAGUGGCGAUCAUUAACGCCACAAGAUCGUCGUCCAUUUGUUGAGGAAGCAGAGCGACUACGAGUUAUUCAUAUGACUGAACAUCCAAACUAUAAAUAUCGACCAAGAAGACGAAAGCAUACAAAACCGAGAGCUGGACCACAAAGUAACAACAGUAGCGGAAAUAAUACAUCAAAUGCAAACAAUAAUUCAAACAGCAAUGCAUCCAGCGGGGUACAGUUAUCGUCAAAUGGUACACCAUCGUCAACGCCGUCAACUCACAAUCAAUCAUCGUCAUCAGAGAUUCAAUAUGACCGUGGAAUGAGUCCAUAUAGUUAUAAUGGUAUGUAUUAUAAUGAUGGAAGUACAAUUACGUCACCAGUUCCUUCUUCACCAUCACCAUCACCUCCGAAUUCUCAUAAUAAGAAAAUGAAUAGUGGCUUUAAAAUGGAAAAUGUUCCAACACCUGAAAUGAGUCCGAUGGAAAUGAAUGAAAGUAUCCAUUCAACAUCAUCAAAAAUUGAUUAUGAGCAGGCACUGCCAGCUUCAACAACCGCUUCAUUUAAUAACUCAAAUAAAAAUCGCUAUAGUUAUGACAAUGGUGGAUAUGAGAGUCAUUAUGGAACAUCCAAUGAUCGUCUCUAUGAUGAACAGAUGUCAAAUCAUCACCAACAUCUCCAGCAUCAACAGCAACAACAUUUAAUUGAUAAAUCUAAAUCCCAAGCAUAUAGUAUGCCAUUAGCAUCAACACCUUCCACAACAAUCGCUGCUAUGGGUAAUGGAAUGUAUGUUAUGUGCAGUAAUCGUGGUGUUCUCGAUCAAGGACAUGUUGUAACUGGAACAUACUUUCCCCCACUGCCAACAAGUCAAGACCAUCAGAAUUUGGGUACGAAUAGUAUACUUACAUCAUCUAGUCACCAUCAUCAGCAUCAUCAUCCUCAACAUUAUUCACAGAAUUCGUCAAAUCAAAAUAUUAGUGGAAAUAACAAUAAAAUAAAUGACAGUAACAAUAAUAAGCAUGGAAGUGAGAACAAUAAUAAUAAUAACAAUAAUAACAAUAGUAAUAGCAAUAAAUCAAAUAAAAUGAAUGAAAUGAACAUCAAAAAUGAAAGUAAAAGCUUUAAAGCCUACAAAGACAACAAAGUCGGUGGCCAAAAGAGCAACAAUAUUGACGAUAUCGACGACAAAUUAAUCAAAAAUGAUACAAACAAUAAUAAUCAUCCGGACAAUAAGAAUAAUAGCAGUGGCAAUAAGAUGUCUGAUAUGACUCGAUUGGUCCUGUCAUCACCAACGUCAGCUGCUGCCGCAUUGUCUCCAUAUCAUCAUCAAUCGUAUUUAUCACAAUAUAAGAAUCACAUCAAUUAUUCUGAUCAACAGACAGCGGCAUUACAGCAACAACAACAGCAUCAAAUGCAAGAGGAAAUGGCUGAGGCAAAUAAAUACAAUAAUUUUGCAAUUGCUGCUGCCGCCGAAUAUGAUCCUUAUCAAAAUAAUCCAAUCUACUAUCAUCCGACAACACAUUUUGCACAUCCAACAGGAUCUGCCGUCGCAUCACCAACAACAUUUUAUGUCACUAAUCCUGAGUAUUAUCAUCAAUCGUAUUCGAUGGGAACGACAGGUGUUACAAAUACCAUUAGUGCUGGUGCCACAACAGCAACACUUGUACAGCCAAUGGUGACAAAAAUUGAUGCUGUUAUUGGUGCUACAUUACAUCAUCCAGGGCAGAACUUAAUAGCUACUGAUCCGUAUUCGACACCAGAGCAGUUGAAGGACGAUGAUUUUAGUAAUAUUCUUGCAGGUGUGAGGAAAACUUGUUAUAGUAACUGAGAUGAGGAUGGAGGGUAUUAUGUCUAAUAUGAGAGAUUGCAGGGGUCCAUAAGCAGGUUAUUAACCUUCGUUACCCCUCAAAAAUGACCAGACCGUGACCAAAUUUCACAACUCAUUACUAAGCCCUUCUCAUAAUCCACUAACAAGCUGUAGCAACAUCCAAUUUGCAAAUUUUAAAACGACACAGAAAAAAUAAUCAGAAAGAAUGAAUCAAUGAUCAUGAAAUUUCAUGAUGUGUGGUAGCAAUUGGUAAUUUUUUAUUUCUUCUUGUUCCGACUUCUCUCCUUAUUAUUUUUCAUUCCUCAUGUAAAUAAUUUUCAAAAUGAAAAUGUACUAAGUUGGAAUAAUUUUCAUAUCGCAUGUCGUUAUUAUCGCUUCUUUAUUAUAUUUUUUAUACCCUUCUUUAUGAAUAAAUGUAGAUAAAAAUUCUAUAAAGUACUUUUUGAGCACGUAAAUAUUGUUUCACGUGUGCGAUUAUUUAUGCAUAGAAUUAAAUAUGAAAGAAAUGCUAGUAUAGGAGCUCAGAGGUGGUAUUUAUGUAGAUUGAAGUGUAUUGAGCGCAGUUUUUGAAUGUUUAAAGU